GUUAAAUUCAUGUGAGGGACGUUUGUUGCCGUGCCGGUCCUGUCGUCUACUUAACAUUUCAGUAUUGCGGUGGCUUUUUGUCCUCACCGCUGGGAGACAGAUGUCUCCUCCUAGCAUGGGUGCUCUCAUUUGUGGAUGUUACACUGGAGGUCGAGAGAGACCGUGACCCAACUGCCGAUGUCAAUACACUGACAGGAGUCGGGGAGCAGGAGUCUACUGCAGCAAACACUCAGUCCGCAUCACGAGCAGCUGAGCAAACAGGAACAUAUGCACUUCUCACCCCACCUCUGUUUACAAUAUUGGAUUCCAGGAAGUAUACGCAGUUAUUCUUUUAAGUAACAUAUUAUAAUGGGUGGAAAUCAUUUUCAUUAUAAUGUCAAUGGUCAUUCAGAGCUUGACUUCGCUGUGGUGGAAGCCAGUCAGGAGCUGCAGGCAGGAAUAUGUGCGCUAGAUUAUGAGUGGGCGGGUCCUUGCGCAAAAGUCAGUGAGGAAGCCACUAAGCACCGAACAGGUUGUGGGUUUGACACAUUCUUCCGCACGCUUCCUGAACACUUGAUGAGGAAAACUUUUUCAGUUUAAAGGAGAGCCCUGGCCAGCAGGCUGAGUGUUAGCCAUGCUGCGAAGGCCCGAGUCCACGAACAGCACACUGCAUCUGGUGGCUACGGACAUGACCGACAUCAUGGAGAAGCUGGACACGCGAGAGCUUGACAUCGGAUAUGCGGAGGAAGAGUUUGACGGGAAAAAUGCCAACAACCCAGAGAUCCGCAUCCCCUUCUCCUACAUCCACAAGACUACGGGCUUCAAGGAGCCGGAGGCGCGGGUGUUCCUGGCGACCCUCGCCAUCACCGCCAAAAUCCUGGAGGUGGAGCGCCCCAGGCUUGCGCAGGACCGCUUCAACAUCACCGCCCAGAGGAGUGUGUCAAAGGUGCUCCCUGCUGUGUUCAAGAUCGAGAUGAAACACGGGAACUUCACCUGGAUGGUGAAGAGGAAAGAGAAGCACUUCAUGGAGCUCCACCGGGAGCUGCGCACCUACAAGACCUUCCUGAGGAUCCCACUGCCCACUCGCAGUCACACAGAACGCCGGCAUACUAUAAGCAGGACCUUGGCACGCGAGAUACCCAGUUUGCCUCGAGGGGGCGGGGAGGACCUGGCCAGGGAGGAGCAGGUGUCCAGUAGAAGGAAACAACUGGAAGAUUACUUGAAUAAGCUGCUGAAAAUGCCCAUGUACAGAAGCUACCACGCUACAACGGAGUUCAUUGAUGUGAGUCAGUUGUCCUUCAUUCAUGAUUUGGGACCAAAAGGCUUGGAGGGCUUUAUUAACAAGCGGUCUGGUGGUCAACGGAUCCCCGGGCUCAACUGUUGUGGUCACAGUAAGAUCUGCUACCGCUGGUCCAAGCGGUGGCUGGUUGUGAAAGACUCCUUUCUGCUGUACAUGAAGCCAGACUCAGGGGUCAUCUCCUUUGUCAUGCUGAUAGACAGAGAGUUCUCCAUCAAAAUGGACUCCAAAGACACCGAGACCAAGCACGGGCUGCGCAUCGACAGUCUGAACAGGUCGUUGGUGCUGAAGUGCAACAGCUACCGCCAGGCCCGCUGGUGGGGGCAGGCCAUCGAUGACUUUGUGCGCAAGUACGGCAGCGCCUUCCUCGUCGGCCACCGCUUUGGCUCCUUCGCCACCGAGCAGGAGAACAUCAUGGCCAAGUGGUAUGUCAAUGGGAAGACAUACAUGGAGGAUGUGGCCAAUGCGCUGGAGGAAGCCAGAGAAGAGAUCUUCAUCACUGACUGGUGGCUCAGCCCUGAGAUCUUCCUGAAGAGGCCUGUCGUCGAGGGCAACUUCUGGCGUCUGGACUGCAUUUUGAAACGCAGAGCGCAACAAGGCGUGAAGAUUUUCGUGAUGCUGUACAAAGAGGUGGAGAUGGCCUUGGGGAUCAACAGUGAAUACAGCAAAAGGACUCUCCUCCACCUCCACCCUAAUAUUAAGGUGAUGAGGCACCCAGACCACGUGUCCUCCUCUGUGUACCUGUGGGCUCACCAUGAGAAGAUUGUGGUCAUUGACCAGUCCGUGGCGUUCGUGGGAGGCAUUGACCUGGCGUACGGCCGCUGGGACGACCGUGAGCACCGCCUGACCGACGUCGGGAGCGUCACCCGAGCUCUGCAGACCACAGAGGCGGCGACGGAGGCCUCUCCCUCCAUGGCCACCAACGGUAAGGGUGUCCAGGCGGCCGACUCCCUGGACCAGCCCAAGCUGAAGGGCCAGGGCCGGGGGAAGAGGACCCGCUUCAGCAUCAGGCGCCACCUGCAUAAGCGCGGCAUGUCCCACGCAGACAGCGUCAGCAGCGUGGAAAGCUCCGAGGAAAGUUGGUCUAACAGCAUAUCCAGCCAACACAAUUUGAUCCCAUGUAGAUGGGUGGAGUUAAAGGUGGCCACACCCCCUGGUCUGUCACAGUCGGCGGCAGAGUCUGCCCAGAACACGCAGGCCGAUGUUGUGGGGCUUCUUGGUAAUACCCGCUUCUGGCAUGGAAAGGACUACUGUAACUUUGUCCACAAGGACUGGAUCCAGCUCGACAAGCCAUUUGAUGACUUCAUAGACAGGCACUCGACUCCCAGAAUGCCUUGGCAUGACAUCUCUUCAGUGGUUCAUGGGAGGGCAGCCAGGGAUGUUGCCAGACACUUCAUCCAGCGCUGGAACUUCACUAAGAUUAUGAAGCCUAAGUACAGAUCUCAGUCUUACCCAUACCUGCUACCCAAAUCUCACACCACGGCCGGUGAGAUCAGAUACCACGUUCCCAACUGCACCAAGGUGAAAGCACAGGUUUUGCGAUCGGCAUGUGAUUGGUCUGCUGGUAUUAAGUACCAUGAGGAGUCCAUCCACAAUGCCUAUGUCCACGCCAUCCAGAACAGCAAGCACUACAUCUACAUCGAGAAUCAGUUCUUUAUAAGCUGUGCAGACGGCAAGCACGUGUACAACAAGAUUGGAGAUGCCAUCGCUGAGCGAAUCAUCAAAGCUUACAAGGAGAAUAAGAAGUACCGUGUCUACGUGGUGACCCCUCUUCUGCCUGGGUUUGAGGGAGACAUCAACACAGGCGGUGGCAAUGCCAUCCAGGCCGUCAUGCACUUCAAUUACAGAACGAUGAACCGAGGGGACUGCUCCAUCAUCUCCCAGCUGAGACAAGAGAUGGGGGAUCAGUGGAUGAACCACAUCUCGUUCGGGGGGUUGAGGACCCACACAGAACUGGAGGGCCGACUGAUGACUGAACUCAUCUAUGUCCACAGCAAAAUGCUGAUCGCUGAUGAUAACACUGUCAUCAUUGGCUCGGCCAACAUCAAUGACCGCAGCAUGCUGGGAAAGAGGGACAGCGAGGUGGCGGUCAUCUAUGAGGACACAGAAACGGUCACGUCAGUGAUGGAUGGAGAGGAGUACCAGGCCGGGCCCUUUGGGCUGAACCUCAGGCUGGAGUGCUUCAGGAUGAUCCUAGGGGCCAACACAGACAGCAGUAUCAAUGUGACCGACCCCAUCAGUGAGCAGUUCUACAAGGAGGUGUGGAUGUCCACUGCAGCACGCAACGCCACCAUCUACCAAAGGGUGUUCCGCUGCCUCCCAUCCAGCGACGUGCGCAGCAUCGCGGAGCUGGAGACCUACCUGGCCGAGCCCGGCCUGGACAAGGAGGAUCCGGCGCGGGCCCAGGAGGAGCUGAAGAAGAUCCGCGGCUUCCUGGUCCAGUUCCCUCUUCAGUUCCUCAGCGAGCAGAACCUGCUGCCCCCCAUGGGUUCCAAAGAGGCCAUGGUGCCCACGGAGGUCUGGACCUGAGAAACCCGCAGCUGGGCUUUAGCAUCGCAGCUGUGCGGUGGAGCGCACUCAAUUAGGGGGGGUGGUGGAGAAUGUCAUCAAACCAUGUGAUGACUUUUUUUUUGCCAUUGAAUCAAAACUUUCGGUUUGAAGGUUGAAUGCAUCGCGUGAGGUCCACCAGCAAUGCCGUCCUUCCGUCAAUAACUGUGCCGAGGAAGGAGCUGUUGCCUUGAUACGACCUUAGUUAGAAAACUAAAGGGAAUGAGCUGCCACUCUUCCUAAGCAACAGUUAACACAAUGCAAGACUGCUAUUAUUCUGUCUGUUGUCAUUUCUCAACAUCUAUGUCAGUCUCUCCUAUUAUCUUUGUUAUAUUAUUAUUUUUGUAUUCACAUAUUACAUUUGAACACUAUGCAACUACAGCGACAUUACACUGCAGUCUACGUUUGUUUUUACACAGUGUAUUCUAAGAGUGGAAGGGUAUUGACCAAGGAGAGGGUUUCUUACCCCGGUGGGAGUUUUGAAUGUCUUAAAAGACAAGAUGAUACAGUCCUGAUAUACUAGACGAUAACACAGAAGCAUUAACAAGAAUGCCUUGAUAGCAUUUUUAGUUAAAGUGCAUGAUUGGAAGUUAAGAGGUGCAAUAACACAAGUGCCAAUUAUUAUGACCCUAACUUAUGCAGUAUAUCUUCUUUAACAUUCCUGAAUUCCAUUUGUUUUUUUUGUUUUUAUGUAUUUGCCUUGAAACAUUUUUAUUUAAGGAUAAUAUCCUUCUACUAAUCAGGUCUGUAGGUAUUCUUGUUGACCAGUUUUGACCCUAAUACUGUGAGCUUUCCACAGUGCAUUCCGUUUGCCUGUACCUUGACAAUUCUUAAGCCGUGGCACAAGGAUGCUGUUUGUGACAUUCACCAACAGUCAUUUGAAGAAUGAGUUUGUACAAAAGAAGUUUGUAGAAGU